AUGGAAUCGAUUGAGAAAAAUAUUAACAACGACGAUCUUGAUCAGACAACAUUAAUAACAAAUAAUAAAAGAAAACAAGACGAUGAUUCAAAUCAAUCACGACAAUUAUCAUCAAAAGUAUUUCGAUCUGAAUCAGCAUCAUUACCAUUUGGUAUUGCUAAUGUUCUUCAAUCAACAAAUGAAUCAUCAAAAAUUUGUCAAACACCUAUAACAACAUCAAUAUUAUCAGUUAAUCCAUGGUUAAUGGCUUUACAUCAUCUAUCACAAUCAUCAUCAACAACAGCAUUAGCAAAUGCAUCAAAUUGGUGUGCAAAAUGUUCAAUACAAUUUCGUCUUACAAGUGAAUUAGUUCAUCAUAUUCGUGUUCAUCAUGCAACACGACGUAGUUAUCAUCAUCAUCAUCAAAUAUCUACAGAAACAAUAACACCAACAAGAAAAACAUUUACAAAUUCAACAUCAUCAAUGAAUCUUACUUGUCAUAUUUGCUAUGAAACAUUUCGAGAACGACAUCAUUUAACACGUCAUAUGACAUCACAUCGUUAA